AUGAGACUAUGCUCGGUGGGUAUGAGAAGAAUAAUACCGUCUUAUAAAGGGUCGAGAAUACUCAGAGAAUGUUCCAGUAAAGGAUUCACUCGUUUUUAUUCAUAUAAUUUCCAAGGCACAAUAAAGAAGACGAAGAUUCCUCCUAAGCAAAAGAGACGCUACAUAUUAGGAACAUUUUUGACAUUCUUAUUUCCAUAUACUGGUUAUGCAUUAUACGUUACCAUAUCUACAGCGAAGGAAAUUGAAGAACGAUAUAGAGAUAGUCAAUUGGUGGAAGCAUAUGAUAAAGAGAAUAAAGAGAAAGGGAACUUUAAAAGUACAUUGAUAAAAUAUUCCCCACUACAAGUUCUGGGGAGAUAUGAAAAUCCCUUUGUCGAAUAUCGAAUACAAACAAUUUAUGAAUUUUUCUUCAAUAGGUUCGUUGAAAUAUUUGAGGUUAAUAGAGGUGGGUUACCUCCAACGAAGGAACAAAUGGAUCAAUUGAUGCCUAUUCAUAAACCUGAUUGGUGUAAACGACAAGUUGACCCACCACCAUCUCGUGUGUCUCCGAAGAAACUUAUAAAACAUAAGAUAGUUGAUGACCCAUUAUCAUUUGAAACUUCUCCAUCUGCAGAGGAAUCAAAUGUGAAUAUUCCGAUAUAUAACACAUGGUUAGGGCAAUCGUGUAAUUUUACAACCUAUAAUGGAUUGAAGAUCCUAACUGAUCCUAUCUUUAGUGACUUCCUUAUCCAUGAAAAGCUUGGACCCAAGAGAAUCACAUUUAGACCUUGUGAAAUAUCGGAUGUACCUACCCCAGACAUCAUCCUAGUAUCGCAUAAUCAUCCUGAUCAUUUAGAUCCAAAAAGUUUGGAAUACUGGAAAGAUGCUAACACGUUAUGGAUCAUACCAAAAGGAAUGAAACCAUUCAUGGAUAAACAUAAAGUUCAAAAUGUUAUCGAAAUAUCGUGGUGGCAAUCAGUACAACUCACAAAAAAUAACGAAAACUACUUUAUCUCUAGUACACCAGCAAUGCAUUGGUCAGGAAGGUCUAUAUUAGACACUAAUCAAUCAUUAUGGUGUUCCUUCUUGCUGAGUCACAAGGGUAAGCCUAUUCUGUUCCAUGCAGGCGAUACUGGUUAUGUUAAGGAUUUAUAUCAACGGAUAAAAAAUAGAUUUGGUGGUGGUUGUAAGUUGGCGCUACUUCCUUGUGGUCAGUAUUGUCCUGAAUGGCAUCAGAAACCUAGGCAUAUAAACUCGAAGGAAGUCAUUGAUAUUAUGCAGGAUUUAGAGAUUAAGAAUGUUUUGGGUGUUCAUUGGGGUACAUUCUUGUUGAGUGGGGAAUAUUUCUUAGAACCUAAACAGAAACUGGAAAUGUUGGCCGAAUGGAAAGGUAUAAAAGAUCAUUGCUUUUGCCCAGAACUGGGUAAAACUAUCAAAUUUGAAUAA